AUGUGGUAUACCACCCUGCUGUGGUACAACGGCGACAUCCCGCAUUGUGCGCUCCUCAUCACCACGCUGUACAACGACGCGCUCCUGCGCUACGUCACCGGCGUCAAAGACGCCAAUUUUCGCGUCGCAGUGACGCAGCUCGACUAUGGAGCCAAGGUGGCGGAGGACGAGAACGUGAAGAGUCAGAACGCGUACCGAGAGCUGCUGCCCAAGGUGCUGCGUUCCAUCUUCCUGCCGCUGGCGUCGAGCCUAAUGUGCAGCAAUUUCGUUCUCCUACCGAUCGCCGAAAGGGUGCACCUGGUGAAGCUCCUGCAUAGCAUCGCUGGCAUUGGCCCGUUUCUCUACUGGAUUUUAUGUUUUAUAUCCGAUUUCGUGUUUUACAUGGGCACGGCCAUCUUUGUAUUGCCGCCCAUUAUUUAUUUCCAGGCGAAAAUGCUUGACUACACCUUCAUACGUAAGUGAUCAACUUGCGUAUCUAGACAAUGUUGCCUAAUUAGUUUCCCGCAUGCUGGUGGUGAUAUGAUCUAUUCCAUUAUACUGCAUAAAAUCGUACGUCGGCCACACCGAGAAAUGAUCGUACGACCGCCUAAAGGAGCAUGCGCCAACAAAGAAAGGAAAAAUGACAAAUUUGUGCGUGUAGUUGCAUACGCUGUAGCAAUGUUGGUGUGAACC